AUGGUUCUUCCGAUCAUAGUAGGAGUUGGAGUGACGUUUGCUGCUUUAACGGUGAGAUCUAGUUUACGUGCCUGGCAGGUUUACAAGACGUUAACGCCACUGGUGAUCGCUCAGCUGAAUAACAUCCCCAUCAACUAUGCGAGAGAAACGUUGCAAACAGACUAUCAACGCUCCAGGGUCACAGAUGCGCAGCUGCGUCAGAGGUUUCAGCAGUAUCCUGGUGGGUUUUACAGUAAAAUGACGGAAUCCGAGGCACUUUUAAUUCUCAACGUUUCGCCCGAAGAGAUCGCAUCGUUAGAUCAGCGAAAGUUGAGACAAAAGCAUCGUGCUGCCAUGGUCCAGAAUCAUCCGGAUAAAGGGGGCAGUCCUUAUCUAGCCAUGAAAGUCAAUGAGGCGAGAGAUGUUCUCGCUCGAAGUGUGAUUUUAAGGGAGUAA